AUGCAAACGAAUUUAUUUGGUGGAAUUUUUUUUUCGCUCUGUGUAGCAGCAAGUUGCUUUGGUGCAGCUAAUGGCAGCAUUUUUACAGGCGCAAGAUUAAUAUAUGUUGCAGGACGUGAAGGUUAUUUGCCAACAGUAUUUGGUAAAGUCCAUAAUAAAUGGAAUACGCCUACCGCGGCAUUAAUCAUGCAAGCUGUAUUGACUAUUCUGAUGAUUAUACCUGCAUUAUUCUUGGUGAUAAUGCCAUUUACACGUGUUCCAUUAGAAUCAUUGGCAGCGUUAGGAUUUAUACUUGCUGGAAUUCCAUUUUGGUGCAUCAGAGUUAAAUAUAAAGGUCACUUUAGUGUAAAAGCAUUCAUGGAUUAUUUUGUUAACCUUAGUGAAAUAAUUAAAGAAUGGAAAAAUCAACAACGAUACUUUAAACAAGAAACAAUGGAAAUGACAUCAUUGUAA